AUGUCAGGAAAGGAACACAUUACAUCAGUAAAUGGGGGCACUCAUUUUGAAGAACUCAGAGGCUAUAACACCGUGAUAGGAGCAUUUCAAAGAGAUAAAAUUACCAACCUAUCGACAGUGACAGAGUUCUUUCUAAUGGGAUUUUCCAAUGACCAAGAUGAGCAAAUUUUGUAUUUUGUUUUGUUUCUCUGUAUUUAUUUAGUAGUCUUAGUAGGGAAUUUUCUCAUUAUCCUUGCCAUAGCCAUGAACCAUCACCUACACACUCCAAUGUACUUCUUUUUGGUCAGCCUGUCACUGACAGACAUUGGCUACAUCACAACUACUAUCCCCAAAUCCAUGGUUGCUUCUUGGACAGACAACAGACUGAUUUCUUUUGCCGGCUGUGUUGCCCAGGUUUUCUUAAUUAUCAGCUUUGGAGGUUCCGAGCUUGCCUUGCUCACUAUCAUGGCUUAUGACCGUUAUGUUGCAAUCUGCCAUCCUCUACAGUACCGACUAAUCAUGAACUGGGAUGCAUGCACCCAAAUGGCAGCUGCUUCCUGGAUAACUGCCCUGAUCUAUGCAUUGUUACAGACCAGUGUCACUUUCAGGAUGUACUUCUGUGGGUCCAAUAUUAUUGGGCAGUAUUUCUGUGAUAUCCCUCAGUUGAUGAAGAUUUCUUGUACUGAUACAAAAGUUAACCAAAUUCUGACUUCUUUCUUUGCAAUCGCAUUUGGAUCAUGUUGUGGUGGGUUCAUCUUUGUUUCCUAUGGCUACAUCUUCUCUGCUGCGCUGAGGAUCCCAUCUGUGAAAGGCAGAUAUAAAGCUUUCUCUACCUGCACUCCUCACCUGACUGUCUUUUCUUUAUUCAUCACCACAGCUCUUUUUUCACACAUGAGGCCUAAAACACUUUCUACUCCCACCGUGGACCUCAUUUCUGCAAUACUAUAUACAGUUUUGCCACCAGUUCUAAAUCCCAUUAUUUAUAGUUUAAGGAACAAGGACAUCCAAGAGGCGGUGUGGCAAAUACCAAAAAAACUUAAAAUGCUCCUCAGAUAA